AUGGGAAAGAUCAUCUUCUAUGAAGACAGGAACUUCCAAGGCCACUCUUACGAGUGCAGCUCUGACUGUUCAGAACUAAACUCACACUUCAGCCGUUGCAACUCAAUCCGAGUAGAGAAUGGAAACUGGAUGUUAUAUGAGCGUCCAAACUAUACCGGACAUCAGUACUUUGUGAAGAGGGGAGAGUACCCCGAUUGUCAGCACUGGUCUGGUCUGAGUGACUCAAUCAGGUCCUGCCAGCUUAUUCCUCAACAUCGUGGAUCCUUCAGAAUCAGAAUUUAUGAAAGGGAAGACUUCAGAGGUCAAAUGAUGGAAUUAACAGAGGAUUGUCCCCACGUGAAUGAGGAAUUCAAUUAUCAUGACAUCCACUCCUGUAAUUUACUUGAGGGAAUCUGGAUCUUCUAUGAACAGCCCAACUACAGAGGGCGCCAAUACCUCCUAAAACCUAGAGAAUACAGGAGAUUUACUGACUGGGGAGCCAUGAAUGCCAGGGUUGGAUCCUUGAGACGCAUCAUGGACUUGUAUUAA